AUGGAGACACCCACAGAACCUGAAGACACACAAAUUAAGGAACUCACAAGUCUGAAGGUUUCACAAAAAGGCAAGAAAGUGAUAUUGGCCACGGCACAGAUAUAUGUGAAGGAUAGCAGUGGUUCUCUCGUACAACUUAGAGCCCUUGUUGACCAAGGCUCAGAAGGCACCUUCAUUACGGAGUCUGCAGUGCAACUGCUGCGACUGAAGAAGACUUUCCAGCCAGCUAAUAUCACGGGUCUUGAAAAUCAAACUUCAGUGCCACGAUACGUCGUUAACUUAGAUAUUUACUCACCGAUAGACACUCACUAUGUAAUGCAAGUUGACGCUCACGUACUCUCGAAGAUUAAUAGUUGGUUACCCUCAAAGGAGUUUGACAUCUCACAAUGGCCUGCCCUGUCCCAAUUGCAACUAGCAGACCCUCACAUGCAAUCGCCGGGACCUAUUGAUGUUCUACUGGGCGCCGAGGUCUAUGCAUUUAUUUUGCUAGACGGACUACACAAAUAUAACGAUGACAAGCUUAUAGCACAAAACUCUAAACUCGGAUGGUUUGUCUCUGGAGCUUCUCAAUCACGAAGUGAUCUGCCACCUCACAAUAUCGUAGCACACCACGCACUUAUCGAGGUAGAUCAACUCCUACGCAAAUUCUGGGAGACUGAAGAGUACAAGCCACAUGAGAAACCUAUGACACAUCUUGAGACACAAUGUGAAGAGCACUAUAAAGAAACUCACUCGAGACAAGAAGAUGGUCGUUACGUCGUACGCUUACCGUUUAAAGAUGACCACGAAAAGAACUUGGGCGAUUCUCGACAAAUCGCACUACAGAGGCUGAUGCACAUGGAGAAGAGAUUCGCAAACAAGCCUAAGUUUCAGAAAGAUUAUGCAGACUUCAUAGAUCAAUAUCAGAAGCUGAAUCACUUAGAAGAUGUAGACCCACAACAUAAGCCAACUCACAAAGUCUACCAUCUCCCACACCACGCUGUGAUAAGAGAAUCCAGCAGCACCACAAAGCUUCGUGUGGUCUUUGAUGGCACUGCGCAGCCGUCAAAUGGCUCAUCUCUGAACGACGAAUUACUCAUAGGACCAUCACUAUUGCAAGACUUACGAGAUCUCAUUAUUCGUUGGCGUACUCACAAGAUAUGUCUGCUUGCUGACGUGAAGCAAAUGUAUCGCCAAAUACUCGUCGCUAAAGAAGAUGUAGACUAUCAGCGCAUACUGUGGCGCGCAUCUCCACAAGAUGAAAUCGUCGAGAAACGUUUGUUAACUGUGACAUAUGGUACGUCAUGUGCUCCGUUCCUCGCUAUUCGCACUCUGAAGCAGCUUGCACAAGAUGAAAAAGAGGAAUUCCCAGACUUAGUUGAAGUCAUAAGUAAUGACUUUUAUAUGGAUGACUUACUCACAGGUGCGAAUGACGUGGAACAAGCUACUAGGUUACAGAGUCGUAUCACACAAGCUAUGGCUAAUGGUAAAUUUGAGAUGCACAAAUGGGCAUCCAACAGUCCUGACGUCUUGAAGAAUAUACCUAGCGCAGAAAAAACAAAUGAACCAAGUGUCGAGAUCAAGCUUGAUGAUACCAUCAAAGCUUUAGUCUGCAACACCGAUCAACCAAUUGAUGGGUCAGUUACCUGCGUGUCGUGUAACGCCAGAUAA